UUAGUCCUCUGUCGCCUCUCCCUGACUCUCAGGCUGUUGCUGGUGCUGCUGGUGGUGGUGGUGUCCGUCCUCCAAACCUGGUCGACAAGAGGGGAGAGUCGACGGCCAGUGGUUGAGGUGGCCUGCAUACCUGUAUCGUCAUCGUCAUUGCUGCUGUUGUCCUCAUCCUCGCCGGCAUUGCCAGCACCUUGGUGACACCCAUAUACACAGACCCACAACAGACAUACCGAGAUGUGUCAGUCGGGCACCGUUCUCAAUGCGUCUCCUCUCUCGUCACCAUCAUUGUCCGAAUCCUCUCCGUCGAAGACGAUGUCUGCGAUGGGACUCAGGAACCUACGGGCCAUCGCGGCCGUCCGCCGGAAGCGGGCGACAAACGGGGCAUCAGACACACCCACUGCUGGCGGCUCACUCGUGUACACGUCAAGAAACACUGGCACGUGCACGAGCACACAGAAAAGGAAAAGCACAUGCGUCUGCAUUCUGAUCAUCUUCGGUGUUGGCAAGUACCUGAGUCAUCAUUAUCGUCAGACACCACCACAUCGAUCCAGGCGACGAAAGGAUCGGUGAAGGAUGUGAGCAGGAACUUCCGCCCGCUUAAGUCACCUUCUUCACCCCCCUGACUCCAACCGAUGACCGUGGUGCACCCCUCCACCGGCAGGCGGGGCGACUGCGUCAUGAUGCCCACCAACCAACCACCGCGGGAACGCCUGAGAAGGAAGGAAUCAGGGUGACACAUGCAUGACUUAUGUGUCUCUAUCUAGUCACUGACUCACAGGAACUCGCCGACAUAGGUCGCUUUAGCCAUCGUCUCUCUUGGGCAUAAGAUACCUCCCAUGAGGAGGUCUGAGAAGGACGACUCGGUCACGAGCGAUUCGUCCUCGACGACCCACGUGAUACUGUCAUCGUAGAAGAUGUGGUGCCGCACAGGAGGGUCCUGCGGGUCGCUGUGUGGGUGGAGGGGGUGGGUGGGGGGAAGGGGGGUGGAGUCGAGGCGGUACUCGGGCGCGUCAUGGAAGACUCGCAGGUCGCCAUUGCUGUGGUCGAACAGCUCGAACCUCCCCCCCUGACUACCGAGGUCGACGUUUUGGCCGACCAUCUUCCACUGGGCGACAACACGAGGCUCACGCAAAUAGGCCUGCCACAACACACAACACGAGCAGAACAGACGAGUGCAUCCACCCCUCUUCCCGAUCCCUCACUUCUCGCCUGUCGUGCGCACCUGUUUGCUACGAUGUUUCUCCAGGUCUUGCUGCGUGACGAUGACGGGCAGCUCACAGAAGCCCCGCUGAUGAGCCAGUCGCAGUGCAUCGGCCGCCUCGUCCCAGCUCUGAUGCUCCACCAGCCAACACGACUGCACACACACACACACUCCAUGCAAUGCAGACUCAUCCAUCCAUCCAUACAUCCAUCCAUCCCACGUGUGCAAGGCAGCCAUACCUGCAGCAGUAGCUGAUCCUCUAGGUGCUCGUCAUCGAACGUCAGCACGGCGUCCAGCGGCGUCCCGUCAGCCAGGUGCUUUUCGUGCAGGCAGCGGCCGAGGCGACUGCGGAGCGCGUCGGCGUCGAAAUCGACGCCGGAGAGGAAGCGGGCGCUGCAUCGGAGGCAGCCAGGUCCUUGAGUGUGUGCAACCCAUCCCGCUCGUCCCGAUGGAUGAAGUCAGGGCACUGGCCACGAAUUGCUGGCCAGUCCUCGUCGUUGCUCCUCCUGCUCACGUUAGCGCCCAUCGUGCCUUGAGAUGUUGGAUCCGACGAGCAUAAAGCCAAGGGUUUGCAACCCUAACCCGGCAUACCCAAACCCUUCUUCCUGCCCGUCCUCGAGUCGAGGCGCGGCAGGGAUCCGCCGACGACGCGCCCCCGAACGGAGUCGUCUUUCGAGCGGAGUCGAGGGGUUCCCAUCCUGCAACUGACCCGUAUCUAGCGGAUGGAGCUUCCGGCGCCGAGGGGGGACGACUCUGCGGCGUGGGGGAGGCCCGGGGUGGCGCAU